GGAGAAGAAGGCCCAGAAGCGGAGGAAAUCCUAAUCUCGCCCCAGCUAGCCACGCCGCCACGUUGCCCCCUCCUCCAAUCCACAGAGGAGGAAACCACAGUCGCCGGCAAAGCUGGACACCUGCGCCAUGGAGCGGGUGGCGCUGCUCCGCAACUCCGGCCGCCGCCUCCUCCACCGCUGCCGCCGGCCCAGGCCCGUCGUCCAGGCCGCGGGGCCGUCCGCGCCGUACCGCCCGUCGUCGUCGUCGCACAGCCGCGCGGGUCUACCCGGCGGCGCGCGGCUCCUGGCCGCCGCGGCGCCGCUGCACUGCGCCGGGCGGUACUGGCCGCACGCCGCGCCUCGCUUCGUCCGGCGCCUCUCCGCCCCUGCCGUGUCCACGUCGCCCUCACCCGUGCCCAGUGAUACAGAUGACGUCCAUGAGUAUGCUGCAAAGUUAGGGUUUGAGAAGGUAUCUGAACAGAGCAUAGAUGAGUGCAAAUCAACUGCUGUCCUUUACAAGCACAAGAAGACAGGCGCAGAAGUGAUGUCUGUAUCAAAUGAUGAUGAGAAUAAAGUGUUUGGCAUUGUUUUCCGCACUCCACCGAAAAAUUCGACUGGAAUACCUCACAUCCUUGAACAUAGUGUUCUCUGUGGAUCAAGAAAGUACCCUUUAAAAGAGCCAUUUGUUGAGCUCUUAAAGGGCAGCCUGCACACUUUCCUGAAUGCGUUCACUUAUCCAGAUCGGACAUGUUAUCCAGUUGCUUCAACAAACGCUAAGGACUUCUAUAACUUGGUAGAUGUAUACCUUGAUGCAGUCUUUUUCCCUAGAUGUGUUGAGGACUUCCAAACAUUUCAACAGGAAGGUUGGCAUUAUGAACUUGACAAUCCUGAAGAGGAGAUAUCCUACAAAGGUGUUGUCUUCAAUGAGAUGAAAGGAGUUUACUCUCAACCUGACAACCUAAUGGGGCGUGUAUCUCAACAGGCCCUUUUCCCUGAGAACACUUAUGGUGUGGAUAGCGGUGGAGACCCAAAUGAAAUCCCAAAGCUUACUUUUGAAGAAUUCAAGGAGUUCCACAGCAAGUAUUAUCAUCCAAGUAAUGCUAGGAUCUGGUUCUAUGGUGAUGAUGACCCAAAAGAACGCCUACGCGUUCUAAGUGAAUAUCUCGAUCAGUUUGAAGCCAGCCCUGCUCCUAAUGAAUCUAAGAUUUGGCCACAGAGGCUAUUCAAAGAACCAGUGAGAAUUGUUGAGAAGUAUCCUGUUGGUCAGGAAGGGGAUCUAAAGAAGAAAUUUAUGGUGUGUAUUAAUUGGCUGCUGUCAGAGCAGCCACUAGAUGUAGAAACUGAGCUUACGCUUGGUUUCUUGGACCACCUUUUGUUGGGAACUCCUGCUUCACCCCUUAGAAGGAUUCUUCUUGAAAGUGGUUUAGGGGAUGCUAUAGUAGGUGGUGGUGUUGAAGAUGAGCUCCUUCAGCCACAAUUCAGUAUAGGUUUGAAAGGUGUAUCUGAGGAUAACAUUAAAGAAGUUGAAGAGUUGGUAAUGCAAACUUUGAAGAAUCUGGCAGAGGAAGGGUUUGCACCAGAAGCAGUGGAGGCAUCUAUGAACACAAUUGAAUUCGCUCUUAGGGAGAACAACACAGGAUCGUUCCCUCGAGGCUUGUCUCUGAUGCUUCGUUCGAUUGGAAAAUGGAUAUAUGACAUGGACCCUUUUGAGCCUCUGAAAUAUGAACGCCCAUUGCAGCAGUUGAAAGCACGCAUUGCAGCAGAGGGAUCUAAAGCAGUAUUUUCACCACUCUUGGAGAAAUUUUUAUUGAAUAAUGCGCAUCGUGCCACAAUUGAAAUGCAGCCUGAUCCAGAGAAGGCUUCACGUGAUGAAGCAGCUGAGAAAGAGAUUCUAAAGCAAGUAAAGGCUAGCAUGACUCGAGAGGAUCUUGCAGAAUUGGCACGUGCCACAAAAGAGCUGAAGGAUAAACAAGAAACUCCAGAUCCCCCAGAAGCUCUAAAAGCUGUCCCUAGCCUGUCAUUGCAAGAUAUCCCUAAAGAGCCUAUUCAUGUACCUAUAGAGGUGGGAGAGAUAAACGGGGUCAAGGUUUUGCAACAUGAUCUCUUUACCAAUGAUGUUGUCUACUCCGAAAUUGUAUUUGACAUGAGUUCGUUGAAGAAAGAUCAUCUGCAGUUGUUGCCGUUGUUCUGCCAAUCUUUGCUGGAGAUGGGCACAAAAGACAUGGACUUCGUGCAGCUUAACCAAUUAAUUGGAAGAAAAACUGGAGGCAUAUCAGUUUACCCAUUCACAUCGUCGAUAAGGGGAAAAGAUGAUCCUCUUACUCGGAUCGUUGUUAGGGGGAAGUCUAUGGCAACACGAGUAGAAGAUUUGUUUAAUCUGAUUUACUGCAUUCUCCAAGAUGUUCAGUUCACAGAGCAGCAGAGGUUCAAGCAGUUUGUUUCUCAAAGUAAAGCAAGAAUGGAGAAUCGAUUGAGGGGCAGUGGCCAUGGCAUAGCUGCUGCUAGAAUGGAUGCUAAGUUAAAUGCAGCUGGAUGGAUUGCUGAGCAGAUGGGUGGUAUUAGUUAUCUUGAGUAUUUACGUGAUCUGGAAACGAAGAUCGAUCAAGAUUGGGACAAAAUAUCAUCUUCGCUUGAGGAAAUGAGACAAUCUCUCUUUAGAAAGGACGGUUGCCUGGUCAACAUAACAAGUGACUGGAAAAAUCUUGAGAAAUCUAACAAACAUAUUGCCAAAUUUCUUGAUUCGCUGCCAAGUACUACAUCCCUUGGAAGUGAUCCAUGGCUUUCUCGAUUGCCAUCUGUUAACGAAGCUAUCGUUGUACCCACUCAGGUUAAUUAUGUUGGAAAAGCUGGAAACCUGUACCAAAGUGGAUAUCAGCUCAAUGGAAGUGCCUAUGUCAUCUCCAAGCAUAUAAGCAAUACGUGGUUGUGGGACCGUGUUCGAGUUAGUGGUGGUGCAUAUGGAGGGUUUUGUGAUUUUGACACCCAUUCAGGAGUGUUCUCAUACUUGUCAUACCGUGAUCCAAAUUUAUUGAAAACACUAGAAGUUUAUGAUGAGACGGCCAAGUUCCUAAGAGAGCUAGAAAUGGAUGAUGAUUGUCUCACAAAAGCUAUUAUUGGUACCAUAGGUGACGUUGAUUCCUACCAGCUGCCAGAUGCUAAAGGUUACAGCAGUCUAAUGCGAUACUUGCUGGGCAUCACGGUGGAGGAACGCCAGCAAAGACGUGAAGAGAUACUAUCAACCAGCUUGAAGGAUUUCAAGGAGUUUGCUGAUGCUGUCGAAACAAUUAACGACAACGGUGUCGUGGUUGCCGUUGCAUCACCUGAGGACGUCGAAGCAGCAAACAAGGAAAAUCCCUUGUUUUCAGACGUCAAGAAGUGCCUGUGAAGCUCCUUCAUUUCUGCUGCCUUUGCAGGAUUUUAGUCUAGAUCUGCGCUGAGCACAGAGGUUCUUCAGUCUCUCCUCGCCUACGAAUGAUGAUUCUGAUACUGUAACAUCAUAUCUUACAUAGCGAGAGUAUCCAGCCAUGAUUUUUUUUCUCGCAAUUUUGGGGACAACAGUAGUUCAGGAUGAUGGGCAAAGUGUAUUCAGUGUAUUUCACUUGCAUUGCUGCUUUCCCCAUCAAACAAGUCAGAUGUACGCGAAGUUUCUGACAGAAGAUAAAUAAGAGAUUGCUCAAAUUGUUGCUCCA